AUGGGGACGCUGUGCGAUGUAAUCUUCAUCGGCUUCAGCCACAACGUGUCCUUCUUCGGGAAGGCGUGGUGGCUGCUGCUGGUGUUGGGUCGCGGCCUGGUGCCGUGGCCGGCUGCCCUCAGCCUGUUCGGAGACGAGCACGACCACUUUGUGUGCAACACCCUCCAGCCCGGCUGCUCCAACGUUUGCUUGGACGUCUUUGCCCCCGUCUCCCUUUUCCGCCUGUGGCUUUUCCAGCUCAUCUUCCUCGGCUUCCCCCAAAUUCUCUUCCUGACCUACGUUGCCCACAAAAGCAACGCUGCGCCCGAGUGGCGGACGCGGAGCUUCCGCCGUUUUUCCGUCGGCGCCAUCGUCCUCCGUAUCCUUGUGGAAGUAAUGUUCGCCGCGGGCCAGUUCUUACUGUUCGGCGCGUCGUUCCCGAAGAGUGUGAUGUGCUACGAGGCCCCCUGCAGCUCGGGGGUGGAAUGCUACGUCUCCCGGCCCACCGAGAAAACGCUCAUGCUACGCCUGAUGUUGGCUCUGGCCUUCCUGUCGAUUCUUCUCAGCCUGCUGGACCUGGCAGGUUCAGUGAAUUCAGUCACGAGAAGGAAAAAGAGGAUGAAGGCAAAGAGGAUAAGCAAAGAGGAGCAAAGCAGCAUUCACACGGCAACGGUACAAGCAGACGGGCUCCUGAUACAGAGGACUAGUCCCAGUAGGAGCUCCAGGAGUGGACAUGGACGCCUCCACGAUAAAAAAGUGGCGCGGACCACACCUGGUGUCAAUCGAUCUCUUCAAGACAAGAGGGAGUGGGUCUAA